AUGGCCUUUCAAUUUAUGUUUAAGGACUCUUGCACUUAUAUUGAAUCAAAGGAAACUGUAAAAGAAAUUGGAUUUGAUGCUAAUCGUUAUAUUGGUAUUAGAUAUCCAGAUAAUUAUCCGGAAAUAAUCAGAUUAAUUAUAUAA